UCGAAGAAAGUUUACUUCCUGAAUGCGAUAAUGGGGUGCGUUAUAACGAAAAAGAACCGCAAUCAUCGUUUGAAGGAUGUUUUGCCGGAAGUGAACAUUCAAAUUGGUAACAGGGUGAAGCCUAACAGUUUCCCUUACAAGAUCGUCUUCGUCUUCGGUGGACCUGGCUCAAGAAAAGGCAGAAUUGUUAAUGAUUUAGUACAAGGCUAUGGCUUUCAUGUUAUUAAUGCUGAAAAUAUUAUAAGACUAAAACUAAUGGAAAAAAUUAAUUCCGAAUCUGAAGAAAGUGAAUUAAACAAAUAUAUGGGAUCAGCUAAGGAUUUUGAGCAAUUAUUAAGGAAGAGACCUAAAAUUUUGACUUUACAAUGGGUAUUAGAAAAGAUCUCAGAAGAAUUGCAACAAGCAACAGAAGAAGGUUGCAAAUAUUAUUUAAUUGAUUUAGUACCUAAUUUAAGAGCUAUAUUACAAGUAUCUACAUUCAUAAAAGAUUGCAAUAAAGAAAUGGAACAAUUUGAAAAAGAGUGGCCUUGUAUGUUCGCUCUUAAUCUGGCACAAUCUGAAGAAACAAUGGUAGAAAAUAUUUCUACUGCUGUAGCAAAGAAUCCAAAUCAUAUGCAGAAAGGAGGACAGAGUGAUGAGAAAGAUUUUACAAAGACUAAAAAACGAUAUGAAGAAUAUUCUUCCAGUGUAAAAGAAUUUUUGAGAUACUUUGAAGAAUCAGAAAGAUUAGCGACUGUUAAUGUAUCUUGUGGAGUAGCUGAUCUCAUUUGGUCUAGAAUUUCUGAGUUUUUCUUUAGUAUGGGAUUCAAAAAUAAAAUGGCAAUAAAUACAGUGAUUUUAUUUAUUUUUAAAGGAGAUGAUAUAUCAUCAAUAGAUCUAGAAAAAUAUCGAAUGGAAUUAAUUCAUGCAAAUACAUUGAUGAAUAUAUCAAAUGCUUCUUUGGAGGAUUUAUUUCUAGCUCUAAAUGAACAUAUUAAAAAUUCAAGAGUAUCUAUUGAGUCAUUUGUAGUGGAUCUCAAAGAUUAUUCUGUGUUUGAAAAAUUACAAGAGAAAGAUGACAAGCAGAUAUUUUUUGUUGAUGGUGGAGAGAAUCAUCUUCAUCAAUACAUAUAUGUUGGAUCUCAAGCUAGUAAUUGCAAGAAAAAUUUAUUUGAAGUAUCUUUCAAAGCAGUAUCCACUACUGAAAAUGAAAUAUGUUUAUUCCCAAAAGAAAUCCCAACUGAAGUUUGUAAGCAGCUAGCUGUUCUUUAUGCAGAUACGAAAGAAGUUGUUUAUAAUGGAGAGCUAAGUAAUAAUAAUAGAUCAUUAUAAUACUUCCAAACUUGUAUAACACUUCCAAAUGUUUUUACAAAGUAGCUAUUAUUGAAGUUAGUAUAGUGUUAAAACAUAUAUUUUUGUUGUUUUACUAAUAAUACAAUACUCAGAUCGAUAUGAGUAAUUUUUUAUCCUUUUAAUUGUAAGAAUAAUGUUUUUAGUUAUAUAUUUUUUACAUUUUCAUCAUUGUAUGGUGUAUAAUUAUAAUAUAAGCAAACCACAUUUAUUAUUAUACAAAUUUAUUGUAUAAAUAAUUUAGUGUACACCACAAUAUAUUUAAUAUAUAUUAUGAAAAAUAUAAAUAAGAAUUUUGAGAUAAAUCAGUCUUAUAUAAAGUAAAUUCUGCUUAUUGAAUCAGAUAUUGUUAGUCAGUUAUUUAAUUAAUAUCAAAAUUACCAUGUCCCAAGACAUAUAAAACUAAAAUAUGCUUAUAAAACUAUGCUUUUGUAAGCAACAUUUUGGUUACAGUUAUCAUUAUCUUCAGGUAAAUAGGCAUUUUUUAAGCUGUUGUUUCCUACUAUUUCCUUCAAUAUGUGCUGAUAUGCAAGAGUGUUAUCAGUUAUCUGUGUUAUAGUAUGUUAAAUAUUAACUAUUAAUAUUUAAUCAUUAUUUGCAUGCAGUAUAGUAGUUUAAAUUGCUGAAUUUCUUACUUCCGUUAUAUAUUGGAUAACUUAUAACUUAAAGGCUUAUUAAUUAAUAGUAUCUUUUUUAAUUCUAACAUGUUUUUCUAAUAUCAGACUUAAUAAAACUAGAAUUUCCACUAAUUAUAGCUUUAUUUAUUUACCCCACUUCUUGAUAACUUUUAUCGAUAUAGGCUAGUCCCAAAGUGAUUACAAUAAGCAGAAUCUACAGUACAUUGUAUUGAUAUAUUUACAUGUAAAAUUUAAUAACUUUAUUUAUUUAAAUUUAAUAAAAAUUUGUGAUUAAGAAAUUAAAUUUUUAAAUUAGAUAAUAUUUUGGCAAAGAAAUUGUGAAUUCAAAAAAUUUUAAAAAAUAUGUAAUGAAUGUCAAAUUAUACCAUUUAAAAAAUAGCACUGUAUUCUCACUCAAGAUCAUUAUUCAUACAAAUAAACCUGUUACAUGCCAAAAAUAAUCAUAAAAAGAAAAGCACAGUUUUGCAAUAUUAAAGAAUUAGCAAAAAUUAUAAGAAAUUCAUUAUUUUCAAACAUAUUAUGAGGAAUUAUUUUUACAAAAAAAUAAUAAUGAUAAUUUUUUGUUUAUGCUCUGUAAAAAUUGAUUCUUGAUGAUGAAAUUUAUGAAAAAUAGGACAUACUCAAAUGCAUUCACUAACAUAUUUUGCUUAAUUGUCUAAUGGUUGUGUUUUAAAAUCUCAAAACAAUGUUUUUCUUUGUGACUAUCAUUCUGUGCAUAAGGAAACAAAUUACAUUAUCAAAAUAACACUACUUUUAAACAAAACCAAAAUGUUGAAUAACUUUAAACUCUACAAAUUUUAAAAACUCAUUACAUCACUUUAAUGUUUUAGAUAUAAUUUUAAUAUAUGUUUAUUCUGAAAGUUGAAUGAGAAACAUUAAAAGUUUAAUGCAAAAC